GAUGAGCAUUUUUAAAUAUAAAGUGUACAGAUUUCAUUAACUCGGCGACUAUUAAUAUAUUAAGUAGAUCUUGUUAAAGCCAUGUCGCAUGAUGCAGACUAUUUGUUUGCAUUGGAAAUGCAAAAACGCAUGAAUGCCGAAACUGGUGAAGGCGACAGUGAUAUUGAAGAAAUUGAUUUUAAAAAGCCUUCCCCAAAUCUCGUAGUGUCUAAAAAACCUUUACAAAUAAAACGCAGUAAUCCACACUCCAAUUUAGAUCCAGAUUUUCUAAAUCGCACUCAGAAUUUAGUACAUCCGCAGUGGGAAACUCUGGAUCCCACGCCAGAUAUUUUUGCACUUUUUGGGCAAUUCGAUUCAAAAUUCUUUCAAACUAGAUUAAAGUGUGUGACGUUGGAAUGGAGUAAACGUAUGUACAGCUGUGCUGGUAUUUGCUAUUCACGCCGGAAUCGCUAUGGGAUGGACAUUACUAUACGUUUAAGUCAGCCGUUGCUGAGUUUGAGGCCUAGAAAGGACUUGGUAGAGACCAUGUUGCAUGAAAUGAUACAUGCCUAUUGUUUUGUUUUGAACAUACGUGAAGGCAAUGGUGGGCAUGGACCAAAUUUUAAGAAAAUAAUGGGAGCCAUUAAUAAAGUGGCUGGUACGAAUAUAACCGUCUAUCACACCUUCCAUGAUGAGGUCGAAUUGUAUAAGCAGCAUUGGUGGCGCUGUAAUGGCAUUUGUCAGGAUCGUUCGCCAUUCUUUGGUUAUGUUAAGCGUACUUCAAAUCGUGCUCCUGGGCCGAAUGACCAGUGGUGGGCAAAUCAUUUGCAAAACUGUGGAGGUACAUUUAUGAAAAUAAAGGAGCCGGAGAAAAAGAAAAAGGGUAGAGCCGUUAAAGAUAAGGAAAAUGAUAAUGAGAAAAAGUCUACGGCCUCUGCAGGCAACGAUUUACGUAAGUUCUUUACACCACAAACUAAGAGUAAUGCUCCUCCUAAAUCAGGUUCCAAUACUUCUACUUUGUCGAAUAUCAAAGGUUUUAAUAAUUUUAAUAAUGGCUUUAAAGGACCUGUUAAAACAAAUGGUGGUGGUACUAUGUUGUUAAAUCCCAAAACAAAAUCAUCUACUACCACCAACACCAGUAGCACAACAAAACCACCAGCUACAUCUGCCAUUGCCAAAGCGUUUCCACCAUCCUCAUAUCCUGGCCUAUCGACGGAUCCCUUCAAUGUUAGCACAUCAAGUACGCCAGCGUCUAGUAAUCGCAGCAACAAUUCAUCGCGUGGUGCAAUUGUUCCACCUGGUGGUAAUUUGCGCAAUGUUAUGGGUUUUAGAGAUUUAGGCGGUUUAGGUUCUGGCGAUAGUAACGGUAAUAGUGGUCGACCUGUUUCUGGUGUAAAGCCAACAACACCCAGACGAGAUGAAUGGGGUCGUGGCAGUACACUGACUUCGUCUUCUUCAUCGUUUAGAACAAGCAACACGUCGAUAUCGUCUAGUCCUGACGAAGGAGUUGAUCGAAAACAUUUGAGAGAUGUAUGGUCUAAACGCUUUGGUAACAAUGGUGGUAAUGAGUCUGGAAAAGGUAGUGGAUUUGGGGAUAAAAGAAAUAAUAACGAUAAACCGCAAGGUGAUACCAAACGUAGACGUAUUUCAAUUGAGUCUAGUGACUCUGCAGAUAUUGUGUUUGUGGCCGAUGAAAAAUCUUCGAACAAUAAAAAAGACUGGAUUGUUGUCGACGAUGACAUCAUGCUGCAAGAACAAACGAAUAAAGUUAUAACACUAUCUUCUGAUGAAGACGAUGAUGAUUCAGAUAACAUAACAAAGCCGAAAAUUAAUAGAAAUAUGACUUUAGAUCAACGUCAAACCAUGAUUAAGAAAGAAAUUAUGGAUGAAUCUAUAAACUUAUGCGACGAUGACAUAGAGCUAAUCGAUGAUGAAUAUGAUGAUAAUGCCGGACCGAAUUUCGAUCUCACUAUAGCCUCAGAAUUGGCCGACACUAGUGUUAUCGAUGAAUUCUUUGGUGAGGAUACAUUGAUGCAGGAAUUCAAAAAGGAAAACGAUUGCCAGCCAUCAUCGUCACGCUAUCAAUUUAAUGAGGGCAAUGACAUAAUAACAUGUCCCAUAUGUCUGGAGAAAAUGGCCAGAUCUGUGUUGGCAGAACAUUUGAAUGGCUGUACUGGUAUUGCCAUUAAGAUUUUACCACCAAAAAAAACCAUGAAAAAGUUAUCGGCUAUCUCCAAAGAGGCUAGACCCAAAAGAGUGUCUCGUCCUUCUCGAAAAUCAACUAAAGAAGUUUUAAGGAAUGCUGGCUAUUCUGAAGAGGUAUUGGAAAGAAUUGAUUCGGCUAGUAGCAUGGAUGAAGAUGAUGACGAAUUGGAGUUCUUACAAAGAGCGGGAAUAAAACGUUCGCCUAACUCUAAAAAAUCUACCUCUGUGGCAAAAGUGGAUUUAAAUUCAUCAUCUGAAGACGAAAACACUCGACUACAUCGUCAACGUAGUAUUUACAAAACAACGCGACAGUGUCCAGUUUGUGCUCGUGAGGUGGAAGAAACUGAAAUGAAUGAUCAUUUGGAUGAGUGUUUGGGUAAAUAAUGAUGAGGAUUAUAAGAGGCUUUCAGUUUUUAUUUAUGU